CAACUCUGUAAUGUUUUCCGAACACAUGACAUGGAAAUCGACCAGUGUUUACUGGAGUCACUGCCUUUAGGACAGCGACAAAGACUCGUGAAGCGAAUGCGUUGUGACCAAAUAAAGGCCUACUAUGAGCGUGAGAAACUUCUUCAGAAACAGGAAGGGUUCAAAUACAAACAGAAACAUGGGAAGAAAAACAAGGUCCACUUCAUCUCAUCAGACAUAAUCCAGGAAGCUAUUAUACGACAUGAUGAUAAAGAAGUCUUGAAGGUGCUGAAGGAUGGUGCUGACCCCAACACAUUGAUCUCCUCAGGAGGCUCACUGCUGCAUCUGUGUGCUCGAUAUGACAACAUCUUUGCUGCUGAGAUUCUAAUUGAAAGGGGAGUGAAUGUCAAUCGACAAGAUGAGGAUUUAUGGACUGCACUGCAUGUAGCAUGUGCAUGUGACAAUCCUGACAUUGUUCUGCUUCUCAUGUUGGCUGGAGCCAAUGUAUUAUUACAAGAUAUCAAUGGAAAUAUUGCACUGGAUUACACAAUGGAAGGCACAGAAUCAAGCUCCAUUCUUCUGCGACAUCUAGAAGAUAAUGGUGUUGAUGCAAAUUCUUUGAGACAGAUGAAGAUGCAACGUCCUUCCAAAAUGUUGGCAGAUGUUAGGAAUCUCUUGGCAGCUGGUGGGAAUGUCAAUCAAAUAAAUGAUGAAGGAGUCACGCUGUUACAUAUGGCAUGUGCUAGUGGCUACAAGGAUGUCUCCACCCUACUGCUAGAGAAUAAAGCUGACACUGAUGUUCCUGAUAACUGCUAUUGGACACCACUUCACCUAGCUGCAAAAUAUGGACAGAUUGCCAUUGUGAAAUUGCUUCUGAAGCAUCAUGCAAAUCCUAAUCUCCUUAACUGUAAUGAGGAGAAGCCCUCAGACGUUGCAGCAUCUGAAUGUAUUGAAGAUAUAUUGCUGAAAGCAGAGGAAGAUUGGAAGGAGACAUGGAAACAAUCUGCACCUUUUUGCGCUGAUCCAGAAGUGCAAGAGGAAACAUAUGAAGAAAUCACUCAUGAUGCUCCUGUGCCAGUGAAAAAACUGAACCCACUUGUCCUGUCCAUUGCCAAGCAGGAUAGCUUGUUGGAAAAAGAUAUAAUGUUUAAAGACACGUCUGGGAGUUUGUGCAAACAAAAUUCACAAGACAGCAACAACGAUAACCCAACAGUGAACAGCACAUCAAAACCUGACCAGGUGAAGCUGAUUCCUCCUGCUCCGAACGAUGACCUUUCUACUUUGAGUGAAUUGACAGAUAGAAGCCUUCUGUAUGAAAUUCAGAAGCGAUUCACCAAUGAUCAGAUAUAUACUUAUAUUGGACAUAUUUUGCUGCUGGUAAAUCCAUAUAAAGAACUUCCAAUAUAUUCCACCAUGAUCACCCAGCUUUACCUGAGUAAUAUAGUGAGGUUGAGUUCCUCACUCCCACCACACAUAUUUUCAUGCACUGAAAGAGCUUAUCAUAUGAUGAUACAGGAGCAAAGGUCACAGUGCUUCAUCCUAAGUGGUGAAACUGGAUCAGGCAAAACAGAAGCUUGCAAACACAUUGUGAAGCACCUGGCAUGUAGAUCUAUGACCACUGAGUGUGUGCUUGAAGCAAAGAUUAACCACUGUGAUAAUAUUGAAAAAUUCUCACCAACAGUUAGAAUCAAUACUUGGCAAAACCUUGUUGAAAGAUGUGACAGUAUUCUGAUAAGUUCACAAAUGAUUCUUCUUCCAGCCAGAGUUUACACCUACUGCUUAGAGAAAUCUCGUCUUGUCUCUCAUCCACCUAACCAGUGCAAUUUUCAUAUUUUCUACCUGAUGAUUGAUGGUCUGUCAACUGAGGAGAAGUGUUCUCUGUACCUCAGCAAUCCUUCUGUCCACAGGUAUAUGAACCGAAAUUCACAAGAUGAGGUAACAGCAGCCGAAACAGUUCAAAAUAGGGACAAGUUUCUUGCUGUAAAGCAAGCUUUAAGAAACUUAGGUUUCAACAACCUGGAAGUUGACAACCUGUUUCUGAUUCUGUCUGCGAUUUUGCUUCUUGGGGAUAUCCAGUUUUUGGCUGUGACAGAUACUGAGAUAGCUUAUGUGUCAGAUGCGCAAUUGGUGGAACAAGUGGCUGGCAUUCUUCAAGUGUCACCUGAUGACCUCAAUUCAGCCUUAACAUCUGAUGUUCAGUGUUUUAAAGGGGAUAUGAUUUUGAAGAGACACACUGUGGAUGUUGCAAACUUUUAUCGGGACCUUCUGGCAAAGUCCCUUUAUAGUCGUCUUUUUAGCUUCUUGGUGAACAAUGUAAAUAAUUACCUACAGAGUCAGGAUGAUGGGGAAGGCAGUUCAGCAUUUGAAAUUGGGAUAUUGGACAUCUUUGGCUUUGAAGAAUUUCAGAGAAAUGCUUUUGAACAGCUUUGUACCAACAUGACGAAUGAGAAGAUCCAUCAGUAUAUACACGAGACACUCUUUCAACAGCACCAGAUGGAAUAUAUGCAAGGAGGUGUCGCCAUGGAAACAGUGAACUCUCCUGGCAACCACAACUCUGUUCUGGACUUCUUUUUUCAGAAACCUAGUGGCUUUUUAUCGAUGCUAGAUGAAGAAAGCCAGACUCUUCGAUCAAUGGAACAAAGCCUCAGCAAACGGCUGCAGUCCCAUUUGGAAACAGCUCAUACAAAUGCUGUUUACAUGUCUACAAAGGAUGGAAAUGGGAACAUUCCAUCAAAGGAUCCAGGCUCAGCAUUCACUAUCAUGCAUUACGCAGGAAGGGUAACCUAUGAUUUAACAGGAGCGAUUGAAAAGAACAGAGAUUCACUUUCCCAAAGCCUGUUUUUUAUUAUGAAAACCAGCGAAAAUGUUGUUAUUCACCAAUUCUUCCAGUCCAAACUGACCCAAACUGGUUCUCUUAUUCCCUUACAUCAUCACUUGAGCCUUAGAGGGUCCAAAGCAUUGAUGUUGUCACAGAAUCGAUGUUCUACUUCACGAACCAAAGGACCAAAAAAGUUUCUGGACAUUAACAGCAAGUUCCUGAAAAAGAAGACAACAGCAACGUUUCUCCAACGAUUAGAGUGGGGUGGGCCCACAACGCUGGCUUCCCAGCUUAGGAGUUCGAUUCGUGAUAUAAUGGGAAAGCUCCAGAAUUCAACUCCUCACUUUGUGCAUUGCAUCAAACCCAACACAUCCAGGCAGGCUGAAAUGUUUGACAACUUCUAUGUAUCAGCUCAGUUGCAGUACAUUGGUGUCCUGGAGAUGGUGAAGAUGAUCCGCCAUGGAUACCCUUUGAGGCUAUCUUUCAGUGACUUCCUCACGAGGUACAGAGUUCUGGUUGACAUAAUACUGGGCGACAGAAAAAAACUUUCUGCAGAAGAGAAGUGUUGCCUCAUCCUCCAACAAUGUAAAUUACAGGGAUGGCAGAUGAGCCAGAGUGAAGUGUUUAUGAAGCACUGGCAAACAGAUCAUCUCAAUGAGCAAUGUCUUCAUUUGCAAAAGAAAAUUAUUAUCUGCCAAAAAGUUGUCAGAGAAUUUCUAGCCCGCCAGCGGCUGCUACAAAGGAUGAACAUCAAACAGCAAGAGGUCAACUCCGUUGAAAGCUUUUUGCAGUCUGCGGAAGAUAUGGGACUGAAAGCAUAUGAUUCUUUGGUCAUUCAAAAUGCUUCUGACAUUGCACGGGAAAAUGACAGGAUCAGGAAUGAACUUAAUGCAGUUUACCUGAGGGAAAAGUUGGAAGCACGAUACCGAGACGAGCAGGCCAUAAAACGAUCUGGCAACGGGAGUGGAAAGGUCAACGAAGACAGUCUUUCAGGCUGCCGAACAGCGAAGCAUUUUCUCUCGAGCUCAGUGCCGGCACCUACCUUUGUCGAUGGGUUGGCACAUUCUGUGAUUGGAUCAUCCAUCAGAUCACCCUCCCUUCACUCAGUAUUCAGUAUGGAUGAUAGCAAUGGCCUGCAGUCACCACGGAAACAACCUCCUCCUAAACCAAAGCGGGACCCCAAUACACGACUGAGUGCUUCAUAUGAGGCGGUGACUGCAUGCAUUUCGGCGGCUUCUAAAGAAGCAACAAAUGAAGUUUUGACUAAACCAAGACCUCACAGCGAUGAUUACAGCACAAUGAAAAAGAUUCCCCCACCAAAGCCCAAAAGAAGCCCCAACACGAGACUGACAGGUUCAUAUGAAGAGAUCUAUGUAAGGAAACCAUCUGUACCAAAAUUCACAAGCACAAUGACUAAAGGAGCACACAGCACUGGGACUAUUCAACGCGCCGCAUCUGCUGAUGGGCCCCACUAUGGCACAUUGAGUCUCCAUUUGUCCCAAGACGAGGAUGUGGAACCUGUUUACAUAGAAAUGGGAGGGACCGGUGGAACUAGUGGAAAUUAUCUGGCAGAGGUGGAGAGUCCUGAUCAAGGAGAAUCUGUUUAUGAAGAAAUGAAAUAUUGUUUGCUAGACAGCAACUCAAGUACUUCCUUCUUUCCAAAGCAGGCAGCUUGUCCUCCCCUUCGCACAGAAAUGAAAACCCCAACAUUGCCUGAGGACUUCAGAACAGGCACCCCUCCCAUGGCAGGCUGCCAGGAAUUAGUAUGUGAUAUUCCUCCACCAUUUCCAAACCUCCUCCCCCAUCGGCCCCCUCUACUUGUAUUUCCUCCAACACCAGUACAGUGUUCCCCUGCUUCUGAUGAAUCGCCACUUACACCUCUUGAGGUGAAGAGGUUGCCAGUUCUGGAAACUAAUUUGAAUUACUCUGUGCAAUCAGACGGCAUAUCAUCUGCCUCUCAACCAUAUACAAGCCAUCAAAAAGGAGAAAGUGAUACACCACCGUCUCCUGGAGUAGGUGUGUUCAGUAUAUCAGGAAAGAUGUCUCCACCCUCAACAUCACCUCCUCUUCCUUCAAUUCCUACACCCCCCUACAGACAAAGUUCACAUUUUAUUUUCCCACCAGACACUUCCACCUCUUGCUUUGCCAGCACAGGAAAACUAGCUAUGAGCACAGAUGCUCCCAAAGUACCUCAGAAACCUAAUCCCCUACAAGGAGGGACCUCUAUGAGCUCUGCAAGAUUGCCUUGUUCACCAGUAAAAAGCUGCAGGACAGAACCUGGGAAGAGCCAACCUUCCUCAGCAGGGAGUGCAUCAUUAUUUCCUUACUCUUCCGCUAUUAAUAGGCCAAUUACCAGCCCACUUGAUGAGCUGAACAGUCUUUUCAGCUCAGGGCGAAGUCUUCUUCGAAAAUCAGCAGUAGGGAUGAAGAUACGGGAGCAAGCAAGUGAGUAA